GCCUUCUCACGUAAGUUGCUUCUUCGUGGUCACGAGCGCACGCACACCGGCGAGAAGCCCUUCGUCUGUCCCAUCUGUCAACGUGCCUUCGCCGAUCAGUCCAACUUGCACGCGCAUAUGCAGACACACAUGGAGGUGAAACGCUUUCCCUGUCCUUACUGUUCCGCCUCAUUCAGUCGGCGCAACCUACUCAUGCGACACCAGACAAAGUGUUUACACUCCAAAGCUCCCCUAACUGCCGUCACAAAUCAUGCUUCCUCCACCACCACCACCACCACCACCUCCAACACAGCCCAUUGA